AUGUCCAGUUUCCAGGCGCUGUGCUCCGGCCUGCCCUUGCGGCCCCUCCCAGAGAACCGGGGACGCUGGGCCGGGGUGCCCCACGCCCCGGUCAGGACCCCCGGCCUCAGCCCCGCUGAGGAGCAGCUGGCGCUGAGGAAUGCCCUCCGGUACUUCCCCCCGGACACCCAGGAGCUGCUGGCCCCCGAGUUCGCCCAGGAGCUGCGACUGUAUGGGCACAUCUACAUGUACCGCUUCUGCCCCGACAUUGAAAUGAAGGCCUACCCAGUGGAGCAGUACCCCUGCCGGACGAGAGUGGCUGCAGCUAUCAUGCACAUGAUCAUGAACAACCUGGACCCUGCCGUGGCCCAGUUUCCCCAGGAGCUCGUGACCUACGGAGGAAACGGGCAGGUGUUCAGCAACUGGGCUCAGUUCUGGCUGACGAUGUCCUACUUGUCCCAGAUAACAGAGGAGCAGACGCUGGUCAUGUAUAGCGGGCACCCCCUGGGCCUCUUCCCCAGCAGCCCCGGGGCCCCAAGGCUGGUCAUCACCAACGGGAUGGUCAUUCCCAACUACUCCUCCAGGAUGGAGUACGAGAAGCUCUUUGCCAUGGGGGUUACAAUGUACGGCCAGAUGACGGCGGGCAGCUACUGCUACAUUGGUCCCCAAGGCAUCGUCCACGGCACAGUGCUCACCAUCCUGAAUGCCGGGCGGCGCUACCUGGGCGUCCAGGACCUGGCCGGGAAGGUCUUUGUCACCUCCGGGCUCGGCGGGAUGAGUGGGGCUCAGGCCAAAGCUGCCGUCAUCGUGGGCUGCGUCGGCGUGAUUGCGGAGGUGGAUGGAGCGGCCCUCGUGAAACGCCACAAGCAAGGCUGGCUGAUGGAAGUGACCGACAGCUUGGACCGCUGCAUUGAAAGACUCAGGGAAGCGAGGAAGAGGAAGGAGGCCCUCAGCCUUGGAUACCAUGGCAAUGUGGUGGAUCUUUGGGAGCGCCUGGUCCGUGAACUGGACACGACAGGGGAGCUUUUGGUGGACCUGGGGUCAGACCAGACGUCCUGCCACAACCCGUUCAACGGUGGCUACUACCCCGUGCAGCUGGGCUUCGCAGAGGCCCAGAGCCUCAUGGCCUCCGACCCUGCUGCCUUCAAAGCCCUGGUCCAGGAAAGCCUGAGGAGGCACGUCUCGGCCAUCAACAGGCUGGCCCAGGAGAACUUCUUCUUUUGGGACUAUGGCAACGCCUUCCUCCUGGAGGCCCAGAGAGCAGGGGCUGACGUGGGGAAGACGGGCGCCAACAGGACGGAGUUCCGCUACCCCUCGUACGUCCAGCACAUUAUGGGGGACAUAUUCUCCCAGGGAUUUGGGCCUUUCCGCUGGGUGUGCACAUCCGGGGACCCACAGGACCUGGUGGUCACGGAUCAGCUGGCCACGUCAGUGCUGGAGGAGGCCAUUGCUGGUGGAGUGAAUCCAGCUGUGGAGCAGCAGUACAUGGACAACAUCCGCUGGAUCCGGGAGGCCUCCCAGCACCGGCUGGUGGUGGGCUCCCAGGCCAGGAUCCUGUACUCGGACCAGAAAGGCCGUGUGGCCAUCGCCGUGGCCUUCAACCAAGCCAUCGCCCGUGGGAAGAUCAAGGCACCAGUGGUCCUGAGCCGAGACCACCAUGAUGUAAGCGGCACAGACAGCCCGUUUAGGGAGACCUCCAACAUUUGCGAUGGCUCUGCCUUCUGUGCAGACAUGGCCGUGCAGAACUUCGUGGGAGAUGCCUUCCGGGGAGCCACCUGGGUUGCCCUGCACAACGGCGGGGGUGUCGGCUGGGGUGAGGUGAUCAACGGGGGAUUUGGCCUUGUGCUGGACGGGACCCAGGAGGCUGAGCAGAAGGCCAAGAUGAUGCUCAGCUGGGACGUCUCCAACGGAGUGGCCCGCCGCUGCUGGUCCGGGAACCCGAAGGCCUACGAGAUCAUCUGCCGCACGAUGCAGGAGGACAGGGGCUUGGUGGUGACGCUGCCCCAUGAGGUGGCGGAUGAGCGUGUGCUCCAGCGGGCCCUGCGGCUGUGA